CAGAGACAUGGACGACGAGCUCGAUUAUGGAUCGGAUCACUCAAUACACGGCGACGUUAGAGAAGAUCUGAGUGACAGCGAGCUUCAACUACCGAAGGACCGUCUCGAUGCAAUCAUUGAUCGAAAGGAGAAGAUUGCCACCGAAAAGGCAUUUGGUAUCAAUGAUUCCAGUGACAAGCAUUUAAAUGUGAGCAUCGCCGAAACUGCAGCCCUUCGAAAAGAAAUUGGAGCAAGUGAUCAAAAUUCACAUUUAGAUUCAAUUUAUGCUCAUGGUGUUGAAGCAAUGGAUGAAUUUGAAAUUCAAAAAAUGUUCGCAAAUUUCCGCCCCGAAAAAGUCUGGAAGAAAGAUAAUGUUGCAAUGGUCCAGUUUCAAUAUAGAAGAGAUGUAGCAGCGAUGAUGUUAAAUAUGUCGAAGAUGAUGCGUCGUGUACGUGGACGUAAGAAGGCCGACGAGGAAGGUGAGGUAUUGUCCGAUGAUGAUGACGUUGAAGAAGGCCAGAUUAUGCAGGAAAAAGAUGAUGACGUCGAACUGAUUGAGGAUCUUAAGCCGAACGAAAAAGGAAUCGUCGCAAGUGAGAAGAACAACGAAUUUAUUACUGUAGACAUAAAUGCUCGCGAGGUUCCAAAUGGAAAAUGGAGAGUAUUAACAAAACACGUUCCAGCCAACAUGUUCGUCAUUAUUCGAUAUGCAACGACGGAUGAAUAUCAGACAAUGGUAACAUCAGAUCGGAGUCAAGUUAAAAAGACCGGCGUAAAACGUGGAAAUGAUUCGUUUUGGACACAUGAGUCAUCAAAUCGUGGAGGAUUGAAUGUAUUCGAUAAAGAAGGAAAAGAACUCGAAUGGGAUUAUGAGCAUGAUACAAGAUUUUACAACGAAGAUAAAAAUGAGGAGAAAGUCGAGAAAGUGAAACUUCCACAGGGAAUCAAAAUUAAAGGUCGAGGAGCUGUGAAAUGCGGAUUUCUUUUCGGCGAGGGAAGUAGUUCGUUAGCUUCUGAUGACACCACUCCAGUCAAGAAACGGAGAACUGAUGAAAAAGAUUACGAAAAGGAUGAUAUCGUAUCACGGCAAGGGUCUUCUGCACACGCCAUACGACCUGGAAGAGUUGAACGUCCAAUUCGAGAACGGAUUCAAUUUCCUGGAAGAGAAGAUCCAGAUGAAUAUUAACAAUAUCUCACCACAAACUGUAUUUGUUUUUUUAAUUUCUCACAAUGACCAGAUAAAUUUAUUUGUUUC